AUGAGUGAACCAUUACGUUAUUUGCCCUUUGAAACUUCGGUGGAUACUGCAUUUUGGCAUGCUUUGGCCAGGAAGAAACUCGAAGAAUUCCGGCUGUCCCAAGGCCCAUUCAUCCUCCAUUCCGAAUUCACCAACGGACUAUCUCAGGUUUUCAUCAAUGACUUUGGGAUAAAAAUGUUUAAAAAAUCGUUGGAAAAUAACGAAUAUUUGAAGCAACCGGAUAUGCUCCUAUGUUUUUGCCUGUUGACGUAUUUGGAUUUAAAGCGAUUCAAGUUCUACUUUUGGUUCGCGUAUCCUGCCGUCAUUCAUACAAACCAACCGACCCUAAUCUCAUCACGCCUCAUCGAUGAAGAACUCUCAGUCGGAUCAUCCAACGUAUAUCUAGGAUUUUGUGAUCCGUCCACCGACCCAACUUUUCCUGGUUGGCCACUUCGCAACAUAUUAUUUGCUAUAUCAGCUUCUCUGAUCGACAAAAGCGAAAAUGUAAAAAUUAUCUGCUUCAGGGAUAGAUAUUCACUUAACCUUUCUUCGAUUGAUCAAUUCGUGGGUUGGGAGAAAAAUAACGGGCAACUGAAACCGCAAUGUAUCGACCUGAGUUCCAGCAUGGAUCCAAUAAAACUUUCUGAAUCCGCUGUUGAUCUCAACCUGAAGUUAAUCAAAUGGAGAUUAAUGCCGGACCUGAAGCUGGACGUUUUUCGUGAUACCAAAUGUCUUCUUAUCGGCGCUGGAACACUGGGAUGCAAUGUAGCACGCCAGUUAAUGGCUUGGGGAAUCAAGCACAUAACAUUUGUUGACAACGCUACUGUAUCUAUGUCAAAUCCAGUUAGACAGUCCCUUUUCUUUUUUGAAGACACAUUCGGUGAGAAAAAAUCAAAAGCCGUUGCUGCCGCGAAAACCCUGGAAAAAAUAUUUCCAGGAGUAUGUGCUAAUGGAUUUGAUCUAAACAUACCUAUGCCCGGUCACCCUAUAUCAAAGUACAAUGAAGCUUCUAUUCCGAAGGAGUUUGACCUUCCUGAAUCAAUUUAUAGUGCUUAUUUCGCAUGUGGGCGCUUAAAUGACCUAAUAAAAAAUCAUGAUGUUAUCUUCUUGAUGACAGAUACGAGAGAAUCUAGGUGGCUUCCGACGCUCCUGGGAAACUUUCAUCAAAGGCUUGUCAUCAAUGCUGCUCUGGGAUUCGACACGUUCCUGGUUAUGCGACAUGGUCUUGGUAAUAAAUUGGAAAAGUUGGCUGCUUUGAAAAGUGAAAACACUAAGCACCAAAGAUCUGUUCCCGGUUAUCAGCUUGGUUGUUAUUUUUGCAGCGAUGUUGUGGGACCUGCUAACUCGGUCCAAAAUCGCAGUUUGGAUCAGCAGUGUACUGUUACCCGCCCUGGUGUAUCAAUGAUAGCGGCAGCUUUUGCUGUUGAAUUGUUAAUAAGCGUGCUUCAGCAUCCCCUCGGAGCCAAUGCCCCUGCAUGUACUAAGGAAGAUACUGUUCCUCACCAGAUCAGAGGAUUUCUGUCAUACUUCAAUCAAAUGGUUCCAGCAAUGUCGGCAUUUUCGAGCUGUUCGGCCUGCUCUCUUCCUGUGAUGGAUGCAUUUUUGAAGGACGGCUUCCGGUUUCUCCUAAAUGUUUUCGAUGAUUCAAACUACCUGGAACAGGUGGCGGGUCUAAAGCAGCUUCAAGUUACAACAGACGAUAGCAAAAUCGUAGCGUUUAGUGACUCCGAAUAG